GUUUUAUUUUUAAUAAACUUUAUUGAAUAAGAUUUAUUUGACAUUUUUAUACGGUUAUCAAUUAUCAAGGUAAUCUCAAUAUACCUAACGAAGAAGAAUAAAAUUAUGAUGUUUUCAGUGGAAAUUAUAAAUUCUCAAGAAUAACAUUAUUAUAUCAAAAUGAAGAACUACUAAUUUUAACUGUUCACUUUAAACAAAUAAAUAAAUAACCAAAUCAGCUAGCUAGAUGCAACUGUUCUAUAUAUUUAAAGCGAGAUUUAUAAAAGCUAACAGAACACAUUUUUUGUGGAUUGUAUUGCUUAUUUUUAGCAAAUUUAUAACUUUAUCCUAUAUUGAAUGUAAUGCAUUUCAAACACAUUCAGUUUACUGGGAUCCAGAUAAUAUUAUAUUUCAAACAAAACCUGUACCACUACUUCGAGUAAAACCAAAGGAUGAAAUCAUUUUUAUCUGUGCACAAGAAUCGCUGUAUAUAUUAUGGACUUAUGAAUAUCAAGUAUUUGAAUCAUGUUCAAUGUGGUUAAAUGAUAACUUAAUGGUCAAUCUCUUAUUGAGGUGUCCAGAUAAAUCAACUCGAAAGUUACAAAUGCGUGAUAGCUCAAAUAUUUCAAAGGAUAAAUCAACCAAUCUUAAAAAUCAAAAGAUAAUGAAAUCAUAUUCACAAAAUCCUUUUAUUAGAAAUCAGUCCACUUUCACUGUAAGUAAUUCAGUUAACAAAAAGUACAAUUCCACAGACUUCACAGUGAAUUUAAAUAGGUCCAGAAAAAUGAUGCAUAAACGAUCGCCACAGUCAGCAGUUCCACACUUUCAACUAAACGAUCGUAAAAAGCAUCCUUCCCAAUUUACUUUAUUGGUAGAGGAAUUCGCUUGGGCCAACGGAAAUCCAAGUUUCCCCAUUAAUCGUCCAGUUUAUUUUCUCGCUCAGCCUAGCAUAUGCCACUCAAGAAAUAUGAGACUUGGAAUUGUGAAUGGAGAUUUCACAGGGUUACUACCUGACCCAUAUGUGAAUCGAUUAUUUCAAGAAUCUUGGUUGACAAAUCAUUCUGAUCCUAUUGCAUUUGCAAAACAAAACUCAUCAUUAUCAGGAUACAUCGACUCAAAGUCAAAUCAAAAUAACAAUCAUCAAACCAUACCAAAGAACAUUUCACCAAAUGAACAACAAGAUCAGCAACAUUUGUGUAUUCACUCUAACUCGCCUUCUACUUCUGCCGCAUGCCCAAUCGUUUCAUCUAUUCUAAGUGUAAAUGGAUCCUUUAAAACGUUAUUACUGACUUUUAUUCUACUGAUUUCGAAUUUCAUCCUUCCCGUAAAUAAUCUAUGAUUUAAUGAAAUUAGAUGAGAUUCUUUAUGUGUUUCUUACUUUCUUCAUGAUUAUGACAACUCGCCAACGACGUCAUAACUUUCAUCAUCGUGAUUAAAUUUAUAAAGAAAAAAAAUUAGAAUCCCAUUUAAUGAAUAUGUAAUUUCAUAUAUUUGAUUUCCCUGAAUAGUUUAAAUAAAUAUAAAUAAAUAUGUG